AUGUAUGUAUUGUGAACCGUGGAAACAUUGAAAGAAAUCGGCGACGCAGCAAUCGCGUGCGUAAACGUCGUCGCUUCAGACAAUGUGGGUCACCAUAGAGAAUAAUCGCUUAUUUGUGUGUACUGACAGCUUUCGAUCAACCCACUCAUAAUUCGAUAAGUGGUAUGUUAAUACAAUCCAAUUAGUUAGUCUUUCUACCGAUACAUUAUAUUCAGAGCUUCUCUUUUUCACAAUUUUGGAUAUGACACGCCUUACAACAAAAUAUCACGGUGUCAGUAUAGUAAUAGUACUGUGAGACCACGGGAUACACGCCAGGAAAGAAAAAUAUACCAUGAUUUACUCUAGUAUUAUCUCAAAAACAUGGUAAAUGUCCAGGAUCUGUGGUAUUAUCAUAAUGCACGUUCAAAAAACCUAGUAUACUGUGAUGCAUGUCGAAAAUAACAAGUUUCCCCUCCACAGCAGAGAUGAGUGAUAUCCGGCAUGCAUUGCUGCGGCGUGAUCCGCUGAGCGCGGCUAAAGAGGUUCUGUAUCAUCUGGACAUCUCACUGGGCAGCGCUCUGCAGAGCUCCACCGGCCCCACGCCUGGACUAGAGAAGAGCACGGUGGAGCUGGUGGAGGAGUUCAUCUUUCACGUCCCUAAAGACAGGAACAUCCAGCCUAAGGUGAGGAACAGGAGUAUCAAGUCUGGUCUGACUAAAAGAAGCACCUGGGUGGUGAGGAUGAGCUGCGUUCAAGAACUGCAGCUGCUGGAGAUCAUGUGCAGUUACUUCCAGGAACAGAGCAAAGAUGCAAUCCGACAGAUCAUUUUCUCCGCACUCUUCAGUCUUCAAGGCAACAAGGCUGAUGAGAGCCGCAUGGCCAUGCUUGGGAAGCUAGUGUCAAUGGCUAUAGCCAUGUGUCGGGUGCCAAUACUAGAGUGUGCAGCCACCUGGCUACAGCGCACACACUCUGCAUGGUGCGUGCGUUUGGCUCGGGUGCUGAUGGAUGAUUACUGCACACUGGUGCCAUGUGCCAUCUCUACCCUGCAAAACAUCUGUUCAGCCAGUCCUCGCUUUUGCUGUCAGCUCCUCACUGCAGUAACGGCUCUCUAUGACUUCUCCUCAGAUGAGUUGACUCCGCCCCCUGCACUCUUGGAGAUGCUGGUUGGUUGGAUCACAGAAGAUCCCAGACUACUGCUCCUCACCUUCAUCAACACACCCCUCAAUUCCAGCCUGCCAUUAGGCUGCCUUGAGAUCACGCCUCUUUUGGGUCUGCUCCGGUGGUGUGUGAAAGCCCCGUUAGCCUAUCAGAGAGGCCGCAAGUCAGCUUUGACCAAUGGCCAUGGAGAAAGUGAAAAAGGGACAGCGUAUGAAGAGCUGUACUCUAAGCUGCACCUGAGUGUUCUUCAAGUCUUUCUCAUGCUGCAGGUCCACCUGACAGAACAGAAUUUGAUAGGUCGGUUAGCUGUGCUUCCUGUGGAGUCUGUUGCCACGCUGGUAGAGGAAGUCAGCCGUCUGUGCGAGAAGCUCACGCCCUUCCCUGCUGCCAAUCAUAUCCAGCUGGCACUGGAUAGGCUGGCACAAGCUCUUCAGGUCGCCAUGGCAACAGGAGCUCUUCUGUGUGCCAGAGAGGACCUACGGACUUUGUGCUCCAGACUUCCCCACAACAAUCUGUUACAGCUUGUGAUGUCUGGUCCAGUAGUGCAGCCUCCACCUCACAGCGGACCCUUCCAGCCCAACAUGUAUCCACACAUCCACCCGGGUCGGCCCUCCACUCUUUCUCCCCACAGCCCGCACCCUGUACUGUCACCGCACCCCACACACCCAGCGCUGUCCCCACAUCGCCCGCUAACGGCCCACGCCGCACACCCUUCUCUCUCUCCACACGCCUUCCAUCCUGCUGCCAUGGCCUUUCCAUACCGGCCCAUUCGUUAACCAGCUAUACAGGACUUUUGGACUACUCUGCUUCCUCUUGGGAUGAGAACAAACUGUUUUUGUUAUAUUUUAUAUUAGAUGAUCUUCAGAACUUUUGGUUUGAACUUGUAGUCACAUGUUUGGCUUGGUCAGGUUAUAUGGUCUUGUGUAUCAUAAAUUGGGAUAUGCAUUGUAUCAUUUUAGGUUUGAUAUAGACUUUAAAAAGCGCUUGUACAGAUUAAGUGUUGUUUCAGGUAAAAAUGCAUUCAUACCUUUUAAACAAUAAUAUUGUACAAACCAUGAAAUAUAUUUUUGGAAAAUCGA